CCCACGUGGGUUUGCUCGCUCGCGCGCUCGCAGUGCGGAGCCGAACGGGACGCCGGGAGCAGGGAAGGCAGGGGAGCUUGUCAUGGUGGUAUUUCUCUACCUGUAGCUCUUCCUGAUGGGGGGAGAAUCUCCUCUGGCACUCUCUAAGUUUGGGGAAGUAUUUUAUUAAGUAAUCUCUACACCUGACAUGGGGCUUGAACUUAAAACUCCAAGAUCAAGAGUUGCAUACUCUACUGACUGAUCCAAUCAAGGCACACCUGUUUCUUCAUCUGUAAGGAAUUUCUCCACAUGGCUUCCAAAGAAGUGACCAUUACAGUUCGCCUCAUUCGUUCAUUUGAGCAUCGCAAUUUCAAGCCUAUAGUAUAUCAUGGAGUUAAUUUGGACCAAACUACAAAGGAAUUUAUAGUCUUUCUAAAGCAAGAUAUUCCUUUAAGGACCAGCCUGCCACCACCAUUCAGAAAUUAUAAAUAUGAUAAACUCAAGAUUGUUCAUCAAGCACAUAAAGCAAAGACAAAUGAGCUUGUUUUGAGUCUGGAAGAUGAUGACACACUCAUGCUGAAAGAAGACAGCACGCUGCAAGCCGCUGGAAUCGGUGAGAAAGAACAUGCUCAUGAAACUGAAAUUGCAUUCUUCCGUGAAGAAGAUUAUAAGAACUACAAAGCUAAUCCCAUUUCAUCCUGGUGAAAACCUCUUGGGGUCUUCCUUUUUGCAUACCUGUAUUAAGCUCUUUAUUCCACUAGUGAGUUUUUGAAAUUGACAAAUACACUAAAAAUUAAUCUCAGGCUCUGCUGUUUGAGCUGAAGUCUGUUGUGUUUUCUCCUUCUGCAGGUCUGCCCUUUUUCUUUCUUGUUGGAAAAUAGUAUAUUUAUGAGAAAAACACUUUAAAAAAAAAAAGUAGAAGAAAUAGUUAUCCAAAAAUCACCAUGGAG